AUCUAACUUGAGUGUAAAUAUUCUUGUCGCUUGCGCCGUUCGCUUCAGUUUUCAAAGUGAAUUCGACUUAUAAAUUAAUAAUUAAGAAGUAAAUUUAAUAAUUAGAAGUACAUUUUUGAUAAGAAAAAAGAAAACCCAAAAAAAUGGAAACUGUCACAUUUUUGAAUGUAGAAUUAAUAAUUAUUAGUAUAACAGUGUUUGUUGUAUUUUAUUUGCUAAUGAUGAGACACUUUGAAUAUUGGACAAGAAAAGGUGUAGUGCAAAUAAAACCCGUGCCAAUUUUCGGUAAUUUCGUCAAAUGUUUCUUUAUGAAAAUAUCACCUGGCCAUUGGUUUAAAGAAUUUUACGAGAAAAGUAAAAAUUUACCAUAUAUGGGAGUUUAUAUUUUAAAUCAACCCGGUCUAAUGCUACGAGAUCCUAACAUAAUAAAGCAAAUUCUUCUAAAAGAUUUUAAUAAUUUCGCCGAUAAAUUCAUGGAAUCUGGAAAGAAUGAUCAUUUGGGAAAUGCAAAUUUGUUUAUUGUAAAAAAUCCCGAAUGGAAAAUUCUUAGAACAAAAAUAUCGCCAGUCUUUACAUCAGGAAAAUUGAGACAAAUGUUUGAACUAAUGACAAGUGUGGGUAAUAAUCUCGAUACUUAUAUGAAAUCACUUAAUCUUCAUGGUUCGGGAAAGGCAAUAGAAAUAAGAGAAAUUUGUGCAAAAUUCACAACGGAUUUAAUAGGAACAACUGCCUACGGUUUAGAAGUGAACAGUCUAAAUAAUCCAAAUGCAGAAUUUCGAAAAGUUGGAAAACGAAUUUUCACCUAUGAUAUAUUCAGAUCUUUGGAAUUGAAUUUCAUAUUUAUUAUGCCACAAUUAGCGAGAUUAUUUGAUCUUAGAUUCUUUAGAGGUGAUGGCAGUGCAUUUCUCAAGAAAGUAUUCAUGGAAACAUUGAAUGAACGCGAAAGAUCUGGAGGAAAGAGAAAAGACUUGAUCGAUUUACUGAUAGAAUUGAAGAAAAAGUACGAAAACGAAGAUUCUCAUGGAAUAAAAUUUGAGGGUGAUAUUUUAUGUGGACAGGCCGCUAUCUUCUUUACCGGAGGUUAUGAAACUUCAUCAACAACAAUGUCUUGUGCCUUUUAUGAAUUAGCUAAACAGCCGGAUAUUCAAGAGAAAUUAAGGGCUGAAAUAAAAAGUGCUCUCGAAGAAACUGAUGGACAAAUAACACAAGAUUUGAUAAGCGGCCUUCAGUAUUUAGAUAUGGUUGUCUCGGAAACUUUAAGAAUGUAUCCAAUUCUUCCCGUUCUGGAUAGAAAGGCAAUGAACAACUAUCAAAUUCCAGGGACAAAUAUAAUUAUCGAAAAAGGUACACCUGUGUUUAUUCCAUUAUUGGGAAUGCACUACGAUCCACAAUACUUUUCAAAACCGGAAUUAUUCGAUCCCGAACGUUUUUCGGAAGAGAACAGAAAAUCUAGAACUAAUUAUGUUUAUAUGCCAUUUGGAGAGGGACCACGUAAUUGUAUUGGAAUGCGUCUCGGAUUGCUACAAACAAAAUUAGGAUUAAUUCACAUUAUAUCUCAGUACAAAUUGACAACCUGCGAAAAAACUGUAUUGAAAAUAGAUCCAAGAGCGUACCUAACAACCGUAAAAGGUGGUAUUGUCUUAAACGCACGCAAAAUUAAUUAAUUUUACCUAUAAAUAAAGUAUUUUUAGAACUAUUUUGCUUAUUUGAUCUCGAAUCUAACUAUAAAACGCCGUGUAAAAACUAAUUAUAUAAUUAUAUAAUCAAUAAAACAGGUUUAUCUGAAUAAAA